AUGAGAUCAAACACUCUUGGAAAAAUUUAUACACAUUUUUCGUAUCAAAUAGACACAGAGAAAAAGUACUGGCGCAACGUUUUAAAACGGGUUGUAGCCACUGUCCGUGCCUUGGUAACUGCAAGUUCAUCUUUAAGAGGUUAUAUCGAGAAGUUUGGUUCGUCAAGCAGUGGUAACUUUAUAAUGUGUCUUGAACUUAUUUCUGAAUUCGAUCCUUUUUUGGCAGAGCAUAUAGCUAAGUACGGUAAUCCAGGUCAAGGCCACACUUCGUAUUUAUCUUCUACUACAUAUGAACAGUUCGUUAAGUUAAUGGCUGAAGAAGUAACGAAACAAAUAAUUAAAGAAUUAAAGAGUGCCAAGUAUUUUUCUAUUGUAGUAGAUUCAAGUCCAGACAUAUCUCAUACCGAUCAACUUGCAGUGAUUGUGAGAUAUGUUUUGGAAAAUGGACAUCCUGUAGAAAGGUUUUUGUGUUUUGUUCCGAAUGCUGGUCAUAAAUCGAUCGAACUUUUUGAUGCUGUUGUCAUUGUGCUUGUGGCUUUUGAUAUUGAUAUUGCAAAUUGUAGAGGUCAAUCAUAUGAUAAUGCCAGGAUAUGUCUGGUAAAUAUGCCGGAUUACAAGCUAGAAUUAAUGAAAGUUCUCCAAACGCUGUAUACUCUCCCUGUUCAGGUCAUUCCCUGA